AGGGCCACCGGAGGAGGCGAGAGCAGACGAAGGGCCACCGGAGGAGGCGAGAGCAGACGAAGAGCCGGCGGAGGUUGACGGAGCCAGAGUGUCAACGAUGGCAAAGGCAGGCGACAGAGGCGAUGAGGAGGCGAUGGGCAACGUGGAGGCAACGGCAACCGACUCAGAUGUCGUGGAGGCGCCGGCAGCCGACCCACGAACCUCAAGGACUGCCUACACUGGGACGGCCACCUCAGGAGACACUGGGACGGCCACCUCAGGAGACAUUGGGACUGCCACCUCAGGAGACACUGGGACCACCACCUCAGGAGACACUGGGACGGCCACCUCAGGAGACACUGGGACGGCCACCUCAGGAGACACUGGGACUGCCACCUCAGGAGACAUUGGGACCACCACCUCAGGAGACACUGGGACAGCCACCUCAGGAGACACUGGGACUGCCACCUCAGGAGACACUGGGACCACCACCUCAGGAGACACUGGGACGGCCACAUCAGGAGACAUUGGGACUGCCACCUCAGGAGACACUGGGACCACCACCUCAGGAGACACUGGGACGGCCACCUCAGGAGACACUGGGACCGCCAACUCAGGAGACACUGGGACCACUGACUCUGGAACCACUGGGACCACCGACUCAGGAACAGGGACUGGAACAACCAACUCAGGAAACUUGGAAAACUCAGGAAUAGACUCAGGUGGUUCAGCAGACCCAGAAGACUCAGGUGAUCCAGCAGGCAACCCAGGAAAAACAGGGGUGGGAGGGUGGGAAACAGAAAUUCCAGGUGCCUCUGCUCUCGAUGGACAGAGAUAUGAGAAAGAAGCAGCCAGUUCAUCCAGCCGUCUCUAA